AUGCGCACUGCUACUGGGAAUACUACCACUAACAAUAAACAUCAAUACAUUGGUUCAUAUAUACCCAAUGAUAUCAUUAGAUCAUCACUUAGUGACUCAAAUACUCUCGUUGAAAAUGGCUAUGACCCUACGGUCUGCAACUUAUUUGAUAUUGUCACGCUAAGUUCUGGCAUUCAAAAGAUAGCUUGCGCCACGGGAAGUGGGGGCACAACGCUAGAGGUUUCGGAGCUUAAUGUCCAUUCAAUGUCUAUACCAGAAAUCGCUGGUGAUCCCUUUAGAGUUGACUUCAACGAACAAAUCAAACACAUUCUGUGGUCUCAAGAAACGCAAGUGGAAGAAAGACGGAAAACGUCAACAUCAUCAACAUCUCAAUACCAUCUCAUGGUCAUGACGGACAAUGUCAUUUAUAUCUUUGAGUCCAGCAAUAAUAAUCGACUUUUAAUGGAGUUGACAGCUUCUGAUAUAGAAGGAGUCUCGUUUGCUGCGGCUGUGUUCUCACCCUUUGAUCCUCGACUAUUCUGUGCCAUCGACAAACAAGGCAACUUCAUCCUAUGGCAUCUUGACGGGGGGAUACUCUUUCAAGAGAAGUAUCACCAAGAUGAAACGGAGUUAUCUUCUUGGAAGAAGGUUUGUUGGGGCAGUACUCCUUCAAGUCUCUACAUUGGUUGUCGUUCAGGUAUGCGUGAAUAUGAAGUUCUGUCGUCUUCUACUCCUAAGGUUUACGACAUCAUCACGACCAAUACUUGGUCCAAACUAUUGGAUUUCAAGGUGUGUUCGACCAAUAGACACUACGGGUUCUUACUUACAUCCAAGGAACUCAUUAUGAUUCGAACGACUCCUACCACCACCAGGGAAGUCUCGUGGAAACAUUUUCUUUCAGACACUGACCCAUCUCUAAAGCUAACCUUGCUUGAAGACGGUAACGAUGUUCACUGUGUGAUUUACUCUGUUUUACAUGAAGUGGUCAUAUUGUACCGAUUUGGGCUCCUGGACAAUGGCAAGCCCAUAAUGGGGUCAAACCCAUACAUCUUGAAAGAAGGCAUCGGAAGUAACCAACAUGUGCAGUUGAUUAAUCUUCUGGAAUGUUUUAAGGAUGAAGAAGAAGAAGAAGAAGAUCGAAAGGUCGUGGGACUAUUUGAAAUGAAUUGCUCUCAUUGUUUAUCAGCAACAUUGUUAACUGACAAAGAAGGACUAUCGUUGAAUCAAACCAGAGACAAAAUUGUAUCAAAGUCACCGACGAAGUCAAAGUCACAGCCAAAGGAACGACACAAAGUGUUUCAAAGAUUCAGUAAGAAACAGUUUAGACCGAUGUUGCAGCAAAUACAAAAGACCCUUGACAUUUCUAUUGAUAAUCGUGAACCGGAUAUGGACAUUGAGUUGGUCCAAGAUUACGCGUAUAAGUUGGGUUCAGCCCUUAACAAGGUGGAAGACUCCAAAGUGUCGCUAUUGGAUUUGGCCAAAGAGAUUCCUCAGAGUGAAGACUUGGAGGAAUUCGACUCAAUGAUAGAACAAUUGGUAUCUUAUUUUGAAACCAAGAACAUCACCAUAUCAACUUCACAACUAGCGAAACUACUUGGGGUCGAUAAUUUGGAGUCGUUGUUUGAACUGCAAGCCAUGUGGCUCAAGAAUAACCAUGCUUCAAGCUACAAUUUGAGCAUGUUUGUUACACUAGUUGGCUUGAGUCUCCUAAGAUGUAACAGUGCGACCACUGCUACUGAGAGUAGCGACACCCUUGAAUCAGAGUUACAAAUGUGUGGUGAUGAUUUUGUCAAGGAUCUCCUUGACAGCUGGGACACGGUUAUAAACGAAGACCCACAUCAACAUAAUAUUGAACGAAAAGAUGAAGCACUGACGACUCGAGUUGUUGAUGAAAUACCAACCAUCCGAAUCACUCAAACACAAUCCCAAAAUAAUCAUACUAUCCAACAACCAAUUGCUACGUCUCCUAGAGCUCAAAUGGCUAUCAAUUUGGGCUCACAAUCACCAUCAUCUCCUAGGAAACUGUUACUUGGAUCAUCACAAAGAUUUGGACUCUCUCAAGCACUUUCACUCUCCCAAAGAUCACUGGGCCAACAUCCUAAACGGAAAAAGAGAAGAGGUGGAUUCAAUUAA